AUGCCCAAAGACCUCACUCCUCCACCAUCACCCCACCACAAACGACGACAUUCGUGUCUCUGCCCCGUCGGCGUCGUCGCCCAAGAACACCACAAAAGUGGAACCGUGUCGCCGGUGCAGAUGACGGUCAAGGAGGCGGCCCAGAGCCAUCAUUACGGCCACCACCACAACAAAUGCAACUGCCAGACUGUCCUUCCAGAAGAGAACUUGGAAGAGAGAUACGGUCUCGUUGGAGAGCCCGCCCCGACACGGCGGAAGUUGAGCCUCGAACAGGGCGCCGCGAACCAACUGGCCAGCAUCAUGCAUGCCGAACUCAUCUCAGACAUGAAGGCACGGAAUAACCAUCUUUGA